ACAGGAGAGAGGGAGCGCGAACGCACCGUCAGGCUGCCAGUUUAAAUCUGUCUGUGGCUCGAACGGACGGGAAGCACGCACGCCACAGCCGCUCCGGAGAAUAGUAACGGCGCUUUAGGCUACUCCAAACACUGAGGGCAAAUAACUGUCCCCCCCUCUUCACCCACCCACCGCCAGCAGCGUGAAGAUUGUCCAUUUUCGGUGCAAGAUCAUGAAUAAGCUAUACAUUGGCAACGUGAGCGGAGAGGCGAACGAGGAGGACUUCGAAACUAUCUUCGAGCAGUGGAAGAUCCCGCACAGUGGUCCGUUUCUUCUCAAAACCGGUUAUGCGUUUGUGGAUUGCCCGGACGAGAAGACUGCCAUGAAGGCUAUCGAUGUUCUUUCAGGCAAAGUUGAACUUCAUGGAAAAGUUCUCGAAGUGGAGUAUUCUGUCCCAAAACGUCAAAGGAGCUGUAAACUGCAGAUCAGGAACAUCCCGCCUCACAUGCAGUGGGAGGUUUUGGAUGGUAUGCUUGCGCAGUAUGGUGGAGUUGAGAGCUGUGAACAAGUAAACAGUGACACAGAGACGGCAGUGGUCAACGUUCGAUAUGCGGCCAAGGACCAGGCCAGGCUGGCGAUUGAGAAGCUGAAUGGAUAUAUGAUGGAGAACUACGCCUUGAAGGUGUCUUAUAUCCCAGAUGAAGCUGUUGCACAAGAUACUCAAUCAGCUGGGGGCAGGAGAGGCUAUAAUGCUCGUGGACCCCCUCGAUCCAGCUCGCCGGGUCUGGGUGCCCGGCCCAAAGUGCAGUCUGACAUCCCCUUAAGAAUGCUGGUUCCCACUCAGUUUGUAGGUGCAAUUAUUGGCAAGGAGGGUGCCACUAUCCGAAACAUCACGAAACAGACCCACUCAAAGAUCGACAUCCAUAGAAAAGAAAACGCAGGUGCAGCAGAGAAGCCCAUCACAAUUCACUCGACCCCUGAAGGUUGUUCAAGUGCAUGCAGAACCAUCAUGGAGAUUAUGCAGAAGGAGGCCCUUGACACAAAAUUUACUGAAGAAAUCCCCCUGAAGAUCCUUGUACACAACAACUUUGUGGGAAGACUAAUUGGGAAGGACGGACGCAACUUGAAAAAGAUUGAACAGGAAACUGGAACAAAGAUCACAAUCUCAUCUCUGCAGGACUUGACUGUGUACAACCUGGAGCGGACGGUCACGUUCAAAGGUGACGCGGAUGCAUGCGCGAGGGCGGAGGAGACGGUGAUGAAGAACAUCAGGCAAUGUCAUGAGAGCGACAUGGCUGCUUUAAGUCUCCAGGCCAACUUGAUUCCAGGCUUGAACCUGAGCACUUUGGGUUUAUUCCCCAGUGGUGCAUCAGGGAUGGGCCCUUCCAUGUCUAGUAUCCCACCUCCUGGAGCCCUUCCUGGAUGUUCAUUUGGAGGACAGCCGGAGUCCGAGACGGUUCACUUGUUCAUCCCAGCGCUUGCUGUGGGAGCCAUCAUUGGAAAACAGGGUCAACACAUCAAACAGCUUUCACACUUUGCUGGAGCGUCAAUCAAGAUUGCCCCUGCAGAUGGAACAGAUUGCAAAAGCAGGAUGGUCAUCAUUGUUGGAACACCAGAGGCUCAGUUUAAGGCUCAGGGUCGCAUCUUCGGAAAGCUGAAAGAAGAGAAUUUCUUCGGGCCCAAGGAAGAGGUGAAGCUUGAGGCUCAUAUCAAAGUGCCCUCUUUCGCAGCUGGACGAGUUAUUGGAAAGGGUGGAAAGACGGUAAAUGAGCUGCAGAACCUGACAUGUGCAGAAGUGGUGGUGCCCAGGGACCAGACGCCUGAUGAGAAUGACCAAGUCAUUGUCAAAAUCAGUGGACACUUCUUUGCUUGCCAGCUGGCCCAGAGGAAGAUCCAGGAAAUCCUGACCCAGGUGAGGAGGCAACAACAGCAGAAGCCCACAUCAGGGUCCCAACCUCCAAUGUCCCGCAGGAAGUGAAGAUCCAGCGGACUUGUAGGAACGACAACCAAAUCUGCCAGAAGAUGAGGGCUGGACAGUCCAGGGGAAGACGAGGGGUCCUAUUACUCAUCUCAGGGGUCAAAUCAAACAUCCACCCCGACUCGUCUUACUUGAUUGACUUAGUGUGGCUAAGAGACCCUCUGACUCCACCCUCCUGACCUCUCUGCAUUUUUGGGAAUGUACCAGAGGGCUCAAACGUCACCUGCUCUCACACGUACACCCCCCCGAGGCUGCUCGCCUCAAGGGUGUUUGUUUUUUUCUUUCUUCCCUCUUUUUACACUAGAAACAAAGAAGAAAUAAGAACCGCCCCCUCCUGUCACCCUCCUCGGUUGUGUACUUCAAACCUGACAAGAUGUUUUGACUUCCAAAUUAUUUCACACUUGAUUUCAGUUUUUGGAUUUGAUUGAAGCUUUUUUUUUUUUCAUGAGUUCUGUGUAAAGUAAAAGGCAUUGCUAUGGAGGUCCCGGUAGGACCGACGGGUUUAUUUGGAGGGAGGGUUGGCUUAGAGUGGGUGGGGCCAUGUUUAGGGGAAAGAUUCUUGUUUGAGGACAGGACCCCUGAAACGGUGGAUUAUAUGGGGCGUCCUGCCCUUGUAAUGAUAGUGGCAUUUUAUAAAUUCGGAUGCAUUUUAUAGAAAGACCUAUAUACAUAGAUGAAUAUUAUAUAUUUAGAGGUAAGGGCAGCGCUAUGACCCUACAGGAAUCUGUAAAUCUGCUGCUGCCCAGGAAAACCAAUUUAAUAUGCAUUUUACGCAACUACCUCAGGAUCUAGUACCUCAGAAAAAAGAUUAUAUAUGAAAAGUUUUUGUUUUUUAUUUUGCUUUUGUGGUAUUUUGUAUACUUUAUAAAGCUGAUAGUCUUUAAACAUUUUUAUUUUUUUAAGAAAAUUUAAAAUUUGCUCAGCUGCCAACUGACCCCGCCUUCAACUCUUGGUGCUUUUUGGUGGCGUUUUGUACAUGUGUAUGUGUGACUUAAAGAUGACCCUGUACAUAAAGUCUGUACAUAGCGACCCCAGAGCACGAGUUGGCGCCUUCUCAGCUGGCGGCUGACGGGAGUAUCAAGAAAAUCGCCUCAGUUUUUCCCCUGAGGGUCCACCAUCUUCUGAAAAGUACAAACUAACGAAGACGUGCAAAUAAUGCCAACCGUGCAUAAAUGCAGCAAUGCCACUUAGUUUUGAGAUUGACAGUUAUUGGUACUUUGGUUUCUCGCAUUUCCGUUUUUGCCUUCCUAGGAGGGCUGUGGUCGGUAGGGUGGACCGUUCCUCUGUAGCUACCCCCAACAGUUGCAAGAGCAAACAUCAUUCUCUUUGUUCCUAUCUGCCACCUUCCUCGCAAUGGCAACGCCCAACUAGGUUUGUUUUCAGAGCAUGUUUUGUCAGUUAGGAGUGGCCCUAGUAGCCAGGCCAUCAAGUCUAAUGUUCACUGCAUGGUGAGGGUAGGGGGAGUUACAUUGAUAUGCAUUAUUUCUUUUUUUGUUGUUUUUUUCCCCUGUUUUGCUAUAAGAAAAUGAUUUGGAGAGAAGAAUCCCCAUCUUUAAAUUUUUCUUUUUUUGCGCAGGGAAAGAUGAGUCAGAAAGGCACACAGUACUGAAUGAACCUUGACUGGGGUGAGAAAAGAGGAAAGAAAUCCAAAACUUAGACAACUUUUUAACUUUUUCUUUUCGUGCAGAAUGUAAAUGUCGAUUGUGGUAAAAGUGCUCGAAGUGUAUCCAUGCUUCCGCGGAACGCCAUCUACCAUCAGCUAAGGGGCUGGGCAGGGUUUGUGGUGGCACCAGGACACUGCCGCCCUGGCUCCUUCCCCCCCACCCCACUGAGCGCCGGCACGCCCGAUACCUCAAUCCUUCAGAAUACUCUAGUACACGGGCGCGCCAUCCUAACACCACACUUAACUGAGGGGCACAAGUGAUGCUUAAAAGUCCUCCUGCUUCCCUCUUAACAACCCAUCCCCCCUCCUCCUCCCCCCACCGCAACUUCCCGCAGUUUGUUUUGAUCUACCUCUUUAGAUGCAUAUUUGAAGUAGAGGCAUUCUUCUAUUUGGUAGUUAAACCCUUUACGGCUGUGGCUUUUUUUUUUCCUCUUCAGAUUUGAAUGAGAACUUAAAUCAUGUUUGAAAGUGAUCAAAUUUUUCUUUGCCAGCAUUUUUUCUCUCUCUCUCCCCAUUCUUUUUUUUUUAUAUAUAUAUACUUAAGCUUAAAUGAAAUCCUCAAGUGAUAACUUUCUGUUUUUGGUGGUGUGGCUUACAUGUAUUUGAACUAUUGUUUAGGUUUUUGUGGGGGGGAAGGUCAUAUUACACUUAAAUUUUCUUUAAGUAGAUGAAACUUAAA